UGCCAUUAUACAUGGCAUUAAAGUGGCAUAAAAGAUAGAGAAAUGUAAUCUGAUUUGUUCACAGCUCAAACAUUAAGACUCUGGAGUUUCUGAUUUUAGUGGAGUUUCUGGACUAUCUGUGAUGCACAGAAUAAAAAACCAACAUGAUUUGCUAAGUCUUUGCAACUGUCAAUGAGCCUCUAUUCAAUGCUGCUGUAUCUUGCUAGUGCUAGUGCUGUGUUUUUCCUCAGUGCUCCUCCACGAGGGCGCACUAGUAGAGCUCUUGUUUGGGGAAACACCCUCAGCGACGAAGUGUGUAGGGAACACAGAGGGGUGCACGGAUGUCGGAGAAUGCUAGAAACAAUACAUAUGGUCUGAGACAGACGAUCCCUCAGCAUAUUUCUGCUACCCGGUGAUUCGAUUCAUGCUGAGAAGAAACGAGCUUUGCUUUGCGUCGCGAGGCAGAGCGUGAGGAUGCUGUGGCGCGCGAGCGGCGUGUGACCCAAACCAACAAAUCUAACAUAUUAACGAGGAUCGAGAGUUCGUGUAUGUAGGCUCAAAUAAAACAAAGGCGUUUUCCCUCCUGUCUUGCAUCGGCAUGUUUUGUGACUGUUAGGGGCUGAGCAGUGGCGUGAUGAAGGCAUUGUGCACGAGCAGGUUCCUGAGGCGACUGUGUGUUUGUGCUGGACUCAUCGCCCUCAGCUGGCUUCUCCACGUAACAGAUCCCCCUGAUAAGGAUUUUGGUCUGAUCUGGUCUAAACGAAAACUGACUCAGCAGAGUGGAGAGCUGAACCAGACAUCAAGCAAACAACGAGUUGACAGCCUGAGUGGAAGCACUAAAGCAGCUUUAACAUGGAUAGAGAAAUGCUGUGAAGCGAUCAAUGAAUUUCCUGAAGAUGUUUUCACUAAGGAGCAGAGAAGGCAUGGGGCAUUGCUGCUGCAUAUCCUUUGUGCUGUUUACAUGUUCUACGCCCUUGCUAUUGUCUGUGACGUGUAUUUUGUGCCAUCUCUGGAAAAGAUCUGUGAGAACCUACAUCUAAGUGAGGAUGUUGCAGGCGCUACCUUCAUGGCAGCAGGAAGUUCUGCUCCAGAGCUCUUUACCUCUCUGAUUGGUGUAUUCAUCACUAAGGGAGACGUGGGAGUUGGCACCAUAGUGGGCUCAGCAGUCUUUAAUAUCCUAGUUAUCAUUGGGGUGUGUGGCAUUUUUGCUGGACAGACGAUCUGUCUCACGUGGUGGCCUCUCUUCCGAGACUCUGUUUUCUACAUCAUCUCAAUCUUAGCUUUAAUUCUGAUCAUUUACGAUGAGAAGGUUCUUUGGUGGGAGACUCUAGUCCUCAUAUCGAUGUAUGGAUUUUACAUCCUUAUCAUGAAAUUUAAUGGUCAGAUCUGGGGCUGGGUGGAACUGAAGUGUGGUAUACCUGGUCAGCCAUGUUUGGUGAGCAGCCUUCAGCAAGAUGUAGCACCAGAGGAAGCAAGCGUACACUGUGACACUUCUAUGAUCCUGAUGAAGAAAGAUCAGUGUGCAAGUGAACAGGACUCAGCUGUGGUGAUGGUGGAUGAGCUGAUGAGUCUGCAUCCUCACCAGUUCUCUUUAUCAGAGGCAAGCCUCCAUCUCAUGGUCACCCCAUUCUCUUUCUACAUACGCCUCAACAUAGCUGGAUGCAUGCUCAUCGCUGAGAGGCAGAGAUUGAUCAUGAGCCGGAGCUCAGGGGAAAGUUGCAGUGGCACAGGAGAAAUACCAGGUCAGGAGAGCCCGGGGAUGGAGGGAGCACCCUGGGGACUAGAAAAUGGUGAUAACAUGGACAGCGAGACUCAGCCGCUAGAAGAGACGAGGACAUGGGGCAAGGGGGGAACAAUGGAAAUGGUGGAAGACAUGGGGGAUGCACAACCCAAAGACACAGAAGAUGAAGAGGCAGAAGAAGUACAACCCUUCAAUCCCCUGAUUGUGCCAGGAGGAUGCUUUGAACGCGUGAAGUGGUUCCUAUCAUGGCCUUUAAGCUGUCUGCUUUAUUACACUGUACCCAACUGUUUGCUGCCACUCUGGGAGCGCUGGUUCAUGGUCACCUUUGUGGUAUCCACACUCUGGAUAGCUGUUUUCUCCUACCUCAUGGUGUGGAUGGUCACCAUCAUCAGUUUCACACUGGACAUUCCAGAUGUGAUUAUGGGCAUCACGUUUUUGGCAGCUGGCACAAGUGUCCCAGACUGCAUGGCUAGUCUUAUAGUCGCCCGGCAAGGUAUGGGAGACAUGGCUGUGUCCAAUUCAAUAGGCAGUAAUAUUUUUGAUAUUCUGUUGGGCCUCGGGUUCCCAUGGGCGCUGCGUACGCUUGUGGUGGAUUACGGGUCAACGGUCUUCAUUAAUAGUAGGGGACUGGUGUAUUCAGUUAUUUUACUGCUUGCUUCCGUCUUUCUCACAGUUCUCAGUGUACACUUGAAUCACUGGAGACUUGACCCGAGGUUAGGUCUGGGCCUUAUGGUCUUGUAUGGCAUCUUCCUUCUCUGCUCGAUCUGCUUUGAGAAGCUGUAGGUCACAUCAGACACAGCUAGUGAACCUUUACCCUGAAUAAUACGCCGGAUUUAUUCUUGAGGAAACAUCAAUUUACUGUAAUUAUUGUGUCAGAGGCAUAAAGAGCAGGUCCUGUGUGGGUCAAACAGUGUGGCUUUUCACACUUGUAUUAGUGAACUUUUAAUCCUGGCUAUUCAUCAUCUGAAGUUUUACACUGUAUAUUUCUAAACCCUGGUGUCAGCAACCAUAAUUGGAUAAAUUCAGCAUGUGACCAGUCUCACAUUUUCGCAUCAGUGAUGAAAUAAAACUCCUGUAUGCUCCAGUUGACAUAUGCUGUUAAAUUUCUGUUUUGGUGUCUUUUGCUAAGCAGCUAGUCAUACCAUUCAAACACUGCAUCAUUCCACACUGUAAAUGCACUGUUUGUAUGUUACCACAAUGUUUGGUUAGCAGGGUUUCACAACCCUGGGCAUCCUGCUUCUAUAGUCCACUGACCAGGGAGUGAGGUUUAGCCCGGAAUUAAUCUCAGUGUGAAAAGAUUAGUGAUUAAAGAUUCAAGAUCACAUUAAAGAGUUACUACACUUGUAUUAUUGUAUUAUUUAUGCUGCUGAUAAGAAGUAUUGAUAGACUUGGAAAUUAAAACAAUGCUCUGGCCCACAUGUUAUUUGCCCCCCACAGUGUUGUGUUUGAAGUAGCCUGUUGGUGAUUUUAAAUAAAAUUUUAUUUGGCUCACUAUUGCAAAAACGUGUAAUACUGAAAAAAUAAAAGCUCCAAGUUUGGACACUGAGUGUCACAAAAGCCAAAUCUUUAAACUUUGUUGCUUAGCCAUAUUUAAUAUAUUUGUAAUAAUAUUAAUAUCACUAUCACCAAUCAAUAUCAAGUUUUAUUCUAAAGGACUACAUUAAUUUUAAUGAAUAAAGCCACAUUAUGUAAUGGUUACAAAACACGGGUCACUUCACCUUUUUCUUGUAAAUUUUUUAGUCUAAAGAAUGUCAAAUGAUGUAGUAAUUAUGAGCAAGACAACAAAAAUGAUAGAACAACAUGUUUUGCAACAAGUCAGAUUAUUUAGAUGUAUGUAUUUCAUGAUGUAAUCCUUAAUUGGUUUGGGGGGGGGGGGGUAAAACAAAACUAAAAUAGACUUUUACAAUUUGUUCUAUUUCAUGCAUGUUUGGAGACAUUUUACUACAUGUGUGCACAUACCUUUGAACAAUAAUCUGUGUGGGUUUCACCUGGUUUUAGUUUUUGUCUAGUUUUAAAUUGCGAAUAAUCAGUGAAUGGAAAUGAACCUUGCUGAAAUUUGAAUAAAAAUUGGAUGAGGUGACAAGAGUAAACCUUAAAAGUGGAUACAUCAUUUUGAUGAUUUAAGCUGUUUAACUGCUUAUAAAUAAUAAUAACAAUAAUAACAAUAAUAACAAUUAUUGUUAUUAUUGUUAUUAUUGUUAUUAUUAUUAUGUUGCAGUAAUUCAAUUCUGACAUUUAUUUUGACCUUUUUUCUCCAAUCAAAACAUUUAGCACUAAAGUAGAUUUAGUAGUCAUAAUUAAUAAAGUAGUCAUUAUUAGUGGUAUUAUUGUUUAAUGAUUCUCACCGUUAAUUUUCAUGCUUUUUGUACUUGUCUUUUCUGUAUACUAUUAUGAUUUUAAGACCCCAUAUGGAUUCAUCACCUGUGUAAUGAUUUUAUCAUACACUGUAGCUUGAGUGUUUAUAGCAUUUAACAUAUUUUUAUAAUACACAACAUGUUUAUUUGGUUUACUGGAAUACUGGAGGAUUAAUUAUUCUCAUAUCACUUAUAUUGUUUGCUGAAAAUCGUUCAUUGUAGCUGAAGUAACUUCUGGUAAACUAAAAUGAGUUUCCUAUUGUCUGUUUUGAAGUGAUGUACGAACAUGUCUGAGUGUCUGUUUGCACUUUUCUUACACUUCUUACUGUAUUCUGAAAUAAUCUGUAUGUUGUUCAGAGUGCAAUUAAACACAUUAUGCUUCGAUAUAACACUUUAUAAAAGUCAUUUUUUGUUCAACAUAGCGUAAACAGCAGAUGUCAAAGUUUUGCAUCUAUUUAGUUUAAUAUAGAUCAGAAGUCUAUUAAUGCAGCUACUUAACUAUUUAAUAGUAAAUAUGUAUUUAUCAGAAAGGUGAAUGGGAAUUUUAAUUGCAUCUUAAUUAUAAUUUGCAUUAAACAUCUGAAACAAAUAAAAAUUGUAUUUCUG